UCUUGAGGGGAGGGGGGUGAAGGAGAGUGACAUAUUCUUAUUAAAGAGUUUUUAUUAAAACAUUUUGUCUUUUUUACCUGGGUUUGAAUGUUCUAGUUCUCUGAAUAUUUUCGUUAUCGGUGACUAGCAGAUGCGGAAGGUCUCCCGGAAGUCUGUACAGACUAGCGAUUAUCUCACUAAACACAAGGGAACAUUGAUCGAGAGCUUCCGAUUUAGUGUUCAGGCUUCUGGAUUCUAUUCACCACACCAGAGAGCAACAUGUUAACCCAGUUCACUAAAAUCUACGGUGCCAUGGAAAUAUUCUGCAGCCAUGUCGUGAUCUCUAAAUACAAAACAAUAUCCGACUGAGAGAGAGGAAAUACGCCAUGAAAUGUAUAGAUUUAAAAAGCUGCCGCGGUGCUCUGGAGGUAGAGCGUUCGCCCCGCAUGCGGUAGGUCUGGGUUCGAAUCCCGGUCGCGGCAGACCUAAGUCGUUAAACAGGUACCUUUGGUUGGAGAACAUCGUCUGAAUAAUUACCCACACGUGAAUAAAUACCCUCACGUGAAUAUGGAGAAUACAUGCAAUAAUUGCACUUGCUGUUGUACGGAUGAAGGACAAUGUCCCAAUCCUGCACCGAGGAUAUAUAAUGCUGUUAUAAUCGCCUGUUGUCUUCUGUUCUUCGGAAUCAUCCUUUUUGGGAUUCUGAUCUACCUACUUAAUAAAAGAUGGAGGAUAGGUACGGCUCCGUGGAAAUAUUCUUCAGCCAAGUCAUCUCUAAAUAUAAAACAAUAUCUGAAUGAGAGAGGGAAUACGCCUAGUAAUGCAGAAAGUCGCAAAGCUGGAAAAGAUUGUGAAGAAAACGAAGAAGAAAUACUAUUCAACGACCUCAAACCUUAUGGUGUAGAGCAAAGCUCUUGCAAUCGCAUCCGGUCUCAGAAUACUGCGUCAAAUAAAUAUGACUACACUUUGUUUAGAGGUCGAAAACAGAAAAGUUGUGAAACCGUUGAUUCCGAUUUUUCGGUUGUCGGCCCAAUAGCUGGGACUUCCCAGGAGUCAACUUUGACAAUAGAAAAUGAAUUUCAAAAGGAAUACGACUAUGCCAGUUCUUUAAUGGUACAAGAACUGGAUAGAACAUCUGAUUCUCUUCCUGAAGGUAAAAUGGAAUCGCCACUUCCCGAUCAACGGGGGAAAACUGUUAGGAAGAUACGGUCAAAGACCUACAGCAAACAGGAAGUCGUUAAACCUCCUAACCCCAGGCGAUCUAAAUUUCCAAGCCCACCAUGGACUAAACGUUCCACGCGACAAAAGAAAACCAAGUCUAAAAAGGUAGAUGAGACGGAGUACGUAGAAUGGUCGACGUGUAAUACAAACGUCAUUAACUGCACGCGCAAUCUUAACGACGAGUGUCUCAAUCCUACCACUGUCAGAAAUCGUAGCAACAUUAGAAGCAUGUCUUUAGAUACGGCAUGUUUGAUGGAUAGAAAAAAAAGCGAUGAUGCUUAUGGCGAUUCGGAUUCGGAUGAUGAAAAAGAAGAAUUUACACCCCAGUUAACUUGGUAUAUACAAAAGUUGAAAGCGAAACAUCUUCACCUCUUAAAGAAGUCUCAUAGCGUGCAGGUGAAUACGAAAUUCAACAACAACGAUAUGCCAAAAAAUAAAACAUUGGGUUCCAAGUCUUCGCAAAGUCUUGGUGUCCGGUAUUUACUAGAUAAAACCAAAAAUGCUAGUACGAUGGAUAACGCUGAAAGCAGGCCCUCUGCAGAUUACUUGACUUUAAUGGACGUACCAAGUCAAAAUAAACAUGACACUAUAUUAGAAGAAGCUGUGGAUACAGCGAAUGAUGAUCUUUCUAGAAGUGAAAACGUUGCUGGGGCUGUCAAGGACGAUCUUGUUAAAAGUGAGGAAAUUAUGGGUGUCGUCAAGGACGAUCUUGUUAGAAGUGAGGAAAUUGUGGGUGUCGUUGAGGAGGAUCUUGCUAAAAGUGAAGAAAUUGUGGGUGUCGUCAAGGACGAUCUUAUUAGUAGUGAAGAAAUUGUGGGUGUUGUUAAGGACGAUCUUGUUAGAAGUGAAGAAAUUGUGGGUGUCGUCAAGGACGAUCUUAUUAGUAGUGAAGAAAUUGUCGGUGUUGUUAAGGACGAUCUUGUUAGUAGUGAAGAAAUUGUGGGUGUCGUCAAGGACGAUCUUGUUAGUAGUGAAGAAAUUGUAGGUGUUGUAAAAAAUGAUCUUAUUAAAAGUGAAGAAAUUGUGGGUGUCGUCAAGGACGAUCUUGCUAAAAAGGAAGAAAUUGUGGGUAUAGUCAAGGACGAUAUCGCUAAAAGUGGAGAAGUUGUAUGUGUUACAAAUGACGAUCUUGUUGGAAGUGAAGAAGUUGCAUGUGUCUCAGAUAGUGACAUGACAGAAUUUAAUUGAGGACGUUGUGUGUUAACUGAUUCCAUUCUUGUUUCGGAGAGAACUGAUGGGAAUUAAUCUUGUGUAGUGUAUUUACAAAGUUUAUGACAUUUAUUAAGUUUGACUUUGUUUUACAUCCCUUCGAGAACAGUUCACUCAUAUUGAGACAUCACCAGCUAGAGGUGAAGUACCACAAAUUUAGAUUAUGUAUACUGCUCAGGGCCAUUGCAGUGAUCAAGGAUUCUUAAUGCGUCAAAGCCUGCUGCAACACGGGAUCUCCGACCCGUAAGACCCGUGACUCUCACUUUUAACUGUCGAUCGUUUGGCGAAGGAGCAAUCGCUACCCAUAUCUACGUCUUAAGUUUGAAGCGGCUAUGGUACGAGCGAGUAUCUAACUCCUGACCUAGCCGUCACGAAGCGAACACACUACCACUGAGCUACCUUUACCAGUAUUUCGUAAAAUUCAAGAAAACAUUGGAAUCAUUAUUUUUGUAUCAGAUUUUUUUUCACCCUC